GAGUCCCUUCUGUACAAAAAACGUUUGGUGCUUUCGUCAUGAACGGAGAAAGAGUGGAACAAGGCGCUUUUCCUUGGAUGGUAGCUGUGAUGAUAAGGGAGGAUAAUGGCAACUUCUCACCAUGGUGCACAGGUUUUCUAAUUGACAGUCGUCACGUCUUAUCGGCAGCCCACUGUUUUGACAAAAUUGAGAGAGGACUUUAUUCUACCCGUAUUGGGGACAUCUAUCAUGCCAAAGGAACUCGGUACGACGUCGUAAACGUUGUCAAACAUCAGGGAUAUAGACCCCGUUUUUAUUACGAUGACAUUGCAAUGCUUACGCUCGACAGGGAUGUGACAUUUCCUGGCUUCAAUCCCGUCUGCUUGCCAGACGAACAGAUGUCCAGACGAAAUUUGGAAACACAAGGUACUACAGUUGCUGGUUGGGGAGCCGCAAGAGCAGGAGGCAUGAUGAGUGACGUGUUGAUGCGAUUGUCUUCCAUACCAGUCAUUUCUAACAGAGAAUGCAACAGGACGUUUCGAGAACGACUGACCGGAUUCCGGGAUCAAUUUCCCAGAGGCGUCACAGCUGGUUUCUUAUGUGCCGGAUUUCCUCAAGGGGGCAAGGACAGUUGCAAUGGAGAUUCUGGCGGUCCACUCAUGAUCCGUGAUAACGGUCGGUGGGUGGUGGUUGCCAUCGUCUCUUUCGGGUAUGACUGUGGGAGGCCCGGAUUUCCAGGAGGAUACACAAGAAUCUCCCACUACAUGAACUGGAUUCGGAGGCACAUGAGCUCAUGAAUAUUACUUGGCGAUAACGAUUUGUCUUUCAGUGAAAUGAAGCGCUUUAAAUUCGCAAGUUUCAUCAAACUUAGAAAUAAACGGAUAGAAAGGAAAAUUACUUG